AUGAUGGAAGGACUUGAAGCCAAGGCACUUCGCCAGUUUGACGCACUAGUCGAGAAGGGCGAUGUCAUAUACUCUCCCCGUGACCCAGUCUAUGUUCCCGCAAAGCCAUUUAAUCUCCAGUUCCGAAUUGCAUCAAGCUUGACGAAGAAACCACAGAUACCGAUAAAGGAUGCAGAGAAGAAGCCACCAGUUAAUAAGGCCAGUCCAUUUGCGAAGGACCCUCCUGAGUUCGUUAUCGAGCAUGUUGGCCCUGAGCAUACCUUGCGCCUAAAUAAAUUCUGCGUCGUCCGUACGCAGUUCAUCCUGCAUUGCAACGAAUUCAAACCUCAAAUCGAACCCCUGGAUGCUGUGGAUUUGGCCGCCGGAUGGAGCGUACUGACCAGGAUGGAAAGCGAAUAUCUACUCAUAUAUAACGGUGGCCUGCAAGGCGGAUGGUCUCUACCACAUAGGCAUAUGCAGCUACUGCCACGUCCCCCAAGAGAUGUUCACAACUUGUUCCCGGAUAUAUAUGGCAUUGAUAACGGACGGGUCCCCAAUAUCCCCUUCCAGCAUGUUGUUCGAAAACUACCUUCUUCAGCAACGGCCGAGAUAGUUUAUAGAACAUACACCGACCUUUUGGCUGCCGCUGGUAUUGAUAACAAUGACUAUUCGCAUAACCUAGUUUUAGUCAAGGACUGGAUGAUGGUAAUUCCACGGUCUCGUGCGAGCCAGGAAGGUAUUAAGAUCGUCAAUGCAGCAGCUAUGGUAGGUAUGAUAUGGAUACCUUCAGAUGAGGUCUUGGAUCUCUGGCUGCAAACCGGCAACCCAAUGGAAACCCUUGCCAGGUAUGGAAAGCCUUGGUAG